AUGUACUCUGAUAACGGGACAACAUUCCAGGGAGCGAAUCGCGAAUUGUUAACCGCCUUUCGUUCUGCACUCAAAACCGCCGAUUUCGGUAAUAGAUUAGCAACAGACGGAGUCGAAUGGCACUUCAUGCCCCCGAACGCUCCCCACUUCGGCGGAUUGUGGGAAGCCGCGGUUAAAAGCGUCAAAUACCACCUAAAGCGUACUAUCGGCGCACACACACUCACGUUAGAGGAAAUGACUACCGUUCUAUGUCGAGUCGAAGCAUGCCUCAAUUCGCGACCGCUUGGAACCGUCUCCGAUAAUAUUGACGAUUAUCACGCGUUAACACCCGGUCAUUUUUUAAUCAACGCACCACUUGUAACUCCGCCCGAACCGAGUAUAUUAGAUGUAAAAGACAAUCGGCUAUCUCGCUGGCAACUCUUACAAAAGCUCACCGAAACCUUUUGGAAAGCGUGGAGCCACGAUUAUUUGCACACUCUGCAUCAACGACCAAAAUGGCAAAUUAAACAAAACCUCACCAAAGUAGGUCAACUCGUGCUACUUCGUAAUCCGACUCUGCCGCCAAGUCGAUGGGAGAUGGGACGCAUCACCGCCUACCAUCCAGGGAACGACGGUCUUGUCCGCGUCGUCACCAUCAAAACUGCGCAGUCCGAAUACACUCGUCCAAUAACGAAGAUCUGCUUUCUUCCCGUCACGAUCAACGCUGAAACUGAGAAAUCUACGACGUCACAGAGUAAUGCGUAG